GUAUUCUACAGCAAACCUGAGAAAAAGACUAAUAUCAGAAAACUUUAAAGUUCUCUGCAAUGGCAGCGUCCCCAAAACUUUUAGUGAAUAAGAAAAGUAGCACAGAAAAGGUGACGGACAAAGCAUUAGCAAGCGCAGCAAAUCUCGUAAAACUGCUUCCCACCACAACUGUAUUGAUAUUUCAAGUAUUAUCUCCAGCAUUAACAAAUGGAGGUAACUGCUUCACUGUGAACAAAUAUCUGACCGGAUUUCUGUUGGGCAUCUGUGGGCUUUCCUGUUUUAUCGAUUCCUUUACCGACAGCUAUCAGUCGGAGGAUGGUAAGAUCUACUAUGGCUUUGCGACAAAGACUGGCUUGUGGACGUUUGAUCCGUCGAUUAGUAAGACUGUGGAUUUGUCUUCGUACAGGCUCAAAUUUAUCGACUUUGUUCAUGCUGCAUUAUCAGUUUUGGUGUUUUUUACAGUGGCUAUGAUGGAUACCAACAUUGUGAAUUGUUAUUAUCCGAAGGCCGAGACGAAUGCAGCGAUAGUUGUGAAGGGCCUUCCCAUCGUUGUGGGAUCUUUUUGCAGCCUGUUCUUUAUGGUGUUUCCCUCUAAGCGCCAUGGAAUUGGAUAUCCUACUGGAACAUAAACUUUUUCUAUUGUAUGGUGAUAUUGUAUUAAGAUGCAAGUGACUUUGAAAACUGGUUUAUUGUAUAAGUUUGUUGCCAAGAUAGUGCCUAUCCUAUAUGGGUUGUUAAGGAAUUGGUAAAGGAAUUCAGAGCAGUUGUCAUAGCUCCAGCUUUAUCAAGUGCUGUAUGGAUUGUUAAGGAACUGGUAAGAGAAUUCAGAGCACUUCUCUAUUAACAUAGCUCCAUCUUUAUCAAGUGCUGUUUUUAUUGUAUUUGGCAGCCUCCGGGUGUAUAUUUUGUAAACAUAUGUUCGAUUGUAUGGUGAUAUGUAUUAAGAUAUAAGUGACUUGUAAAAUGGUUUUCUGUGUUAAGUUUGUUGCCAAGACAGUACCUAUCCUAUAUGGGUUGUUAAGGAAUUGGUAAGGGAAUUCAGAGCACUUGCUUAGUAAUAUGGCAGCCUCAGGGUGUGAAUUUGUUAAAUUUAUGUUCUAGGCCCUACUUUAAUAAAAUAUUAUAUAAUAUUUUAUUUAUUUUA